UCCUAUGCACCAGCUCCCCACCCCAUGGCUCCUCCCAGCCCCAGCACAAACAGCAGCAGCAACAACAGCAGCAGCAACAGCAGCGGGGAACAGUUGAGUAAAACCAACCUGUACAUUCGAGGCCUCCCUCCAGGCACCACUGACCAGGACCUAAUCAAGCUGUGCCAACCGUAUGGAAAAAUUGUGUCCACAAAGGCAAUUCUUGACAAAAACACAAAUCAGUGCAAAGGUUAUGGUUUUGUAGAUUUUGACAGUCCCGCAGCUGCUCAAAAAGCAGUAGCAUCUCUAAAGGCAAAUGGCGUGCAAGCACAGAUGGCCAAGCAACAAGAGCAAGACCCAACAAACUUAUACAUCUCAAAUCUCCCCAUUUCUAUGGACGAACAGGAACUUGAGAAUAUGCUGAAACCCUUCGGACAUGUCAUUUCUACAAGAAUACUAAGAGAUGCUAAUGGAGUCAGCAGAGGCGUUGGCUUUGCCAGAAUGGAGUCUACUGAAAAAUGUGAAGUGGUAAUUCAACAUUUUAAUGGAAAAUACCUGAAAACACCACCAGGCAUCCCAGCCCCCAGUGAGCCUUUACUGUGCAAAUUUGCUGAUGGUGGACAAAAGAAGCGGCAGAAUCAAAGCAAAUAUACCCAGAACGGGCGGCCUUGGCCCAGGGAAGGAGAGGCUGGCAUGGCUCUGACCUAUGACCCCACAGCCGCCAUACAGAAUGGAUUUUAUUCUUCACCGUACAGUAUUGCAACCAACCGCAUGAUUCCACAGACAUCUAUCACGCCAUUCAUUGCUGCUUCCCCUGUCUCCACAUACCAGGUCCAGAGCACUUCAUGGAUGCCUCAUCCGCCAUACGUUAUGCAACCAACAAUUCAAUCACAAGACAGGAUUAUGAUACUCCACCAGCUGUUGUGUCAGUAUAUGACUGCUGCUGCUCCUAUGCAAGGGACCUACAUUCCCCAGUACACGCCUGUGCCUCCGACAGCUGUUUCUAUUGAAGGUGUUGUUACUGAUACCUCUCCCCAGACAGUUGCACCUUCAUCCCAGGACACCAGUGGUCAGCAACAACAGAUAGCAGUGGACACAUCCAAUGAACAUGCACCUGCAUAUUCUUACCAACAGUCAAAGUAAGUGUGUGCUAUGCUAAGCUCUUUCUCUUAAGAUCAACCACCUUGGCCUCACUCUUUCAUGUGUAUGGUAACUUUGGCUAAAAUAUAAAUGAACUCAAACUUA